AUGAGUAGUAGGUGUUGUUUUGUGCUGCUUUUUGCUUUUGUAUUUGUGCUUGGCAUCUUAUCUCCAACUUCAGCCACUCCACCAGCAAAAAUUGUUACUGGGGUUGUUUCCAAUGCUGUUUCUGCUUUUAUUAAAUGGCUAUGGUCACUAAGUGUAAAAUCCACAACCAAACCAGCGCAACACAGUCGCUCCAUGGUGAAAUUUGAGAGUGGCUACACUGUGGAAACAAUAUUUGAUGGAAGUAAGCUUGGAAUUGAGCCACACUCAGUGAAAAUAUCUUCAAAUGGUGAAUUUCUGGUUUUGGAUUCUGAGAACAGCAACAUCUACAAGAUCUCAGGUCCAAUGUCCCGAUAUAGCAGACCAAAACUACUUGCUGGCUCUUCUGAAGGGUAUAUUGGACACAUAGAUGGGAGGCCUAGAGAAGCUAGAAUGAACCACCCUAAAGGGCUUACAGUGGAUGACAGUGGGAAUAUUUACAUUGCAGACACAUUGAAUAUGGCGAUCAGAAAGAUCAGUGAUGAAGGGGUUACCACCAUUGCAGGUGGAAAAUGGAGCCAAGUAGGAGGUCAUGUUGAUGGUCCAAGUGAGGACGCUAAAUUUUCAAAUGAUUUUGAUGUAGUUUAUGUUGGUAGUAGCUGCUCUCUUUUGGUGGUGGACAGAGGAAACCAUGCAAUUCGAGAGAUCCAACUCCAUCAGGAUGAUUGCACAACUUAUGAUGAGUAUGACAGUAGUUUCCAAUUAGGAAUAGCAGUGCUUGUUGGAGCUGGAUUCUUUGGCUAUAUGUUGGCAUUACUGCAGUGGAGAGUGAGGGCUAUAUUUUCUUCUCCAGAUAAAGCUACACCAUUUGCAGCACAACAAAUGCAAAGGGCUCCUCCUCCCAAGUCAGUGAGGCCUCCAUUGAUCCCAAAUGAAGAUGAAUUUGAGAAACAAGAUGAGGGGUUCUUUGUUUCCCUUGGAAGACUUUUCCUGAGCUCUGGCUCAUGUAUGAGUGAAAUCUUGGGAGGCUUGUUCUCUGGAUCCAAGAGGAAAUCACUUCAAUAUCAUCACUACCAACAACAACAAUACCAAUAUGCAAACAGACAUCCAAAUGCAUGGCCCAUGCAAGAGAGUUUUGUUAUUCCAGAUGAAGAUGAACCCCCUUCUAUAGAAACAAGAACACCAACACCAAGGGAAACAUACCCUUUGAUGAACAAAGAACUUGAAAAACCACAACCCUUCAAGCCAAAUAGGGCUUACUUGAACAGGUGGGAUGGUGGUGACCAACAACAGCAACACCAAGUUCAGGCCCGUUAUUCUUCCACCCCACAAAGUUACUAUGAGCAAAACUGUGAGACAAAUGAGAUAGUGUUUGGUGCAGUUCAAGAACAUGAUGGAAGACGAGAAACCAUGGUGAUAAAGGCUGUAGAUUAUGGUGAUCCAAAAUAUAGUCAUCACAAUAUUCGGCCCAGAUUAAACUAUGUUGGUUACUCACAUGGUUAUUGA